UUUUUUUCGUCGAUUGGAUUGUGGGUACCAUCUUUACAGUGAAUCACAUUUAUCCAAAAUGAAGCAUAUCUUUACAUUUGGCAUCUCUGGUUAGAAAACAACACUUGUAUAAUAUUGUCAACAAAGUUCAUAAAAAAUUGUUGUGAAAUCAUAGUCAGUGGGAAGAAGUUCAUAUGUUGCCGGUAACUUUUUAUAAAACUCUAGCUGCUAGAAAUUGUUCAUGCUUCCGAAAUGCGUUCUAUUUUCGCAAGCAAUUCUCAUCUGCGGUGGAAAAUAAACGUUUGAAUCUAAGCGACACAUGUAUAAAACAACUAAAAAAGAUCUGCGACGGUCGGAAUUUCAUCCGGGUUACGGUCGAAGGUGGAGGAUGCUCUGGAUUUCAAUACAAAUUCGAUUUAGACGACAAAUUGGAGGCAAAUGAUUUAGUUUUCGGUGAAAAUCAUGCAAAAGUCGUCAUCGAUCAAGAAUCGAUUGAAUAUGUAAACGGGUCCACUGUUGAUUUCCACACAGAACUGAUACGGUCAGGAUUUCGGAUAAUUGAUAACCCUAAAGCGGAACAAGGUUGUUCAUGUGGAGCCUCAUUUUCCAUCAAAAUUAAUUGAUUUUGAUGGGAGAAUGCUUCCGAAAUAAAGAACUUAGUUGGAUGUAGUAAUAAAA